GCCUCCACAGGAGGCGCUGCCUCUUGCCUCGCUACGGCAAUAUACAUUAUACGCGGGCAAGAGCAGAGCACAGCAUUAGUUAUUAGUUCAGGAGGGGCUGCGCGUCGCCGUCGCAGUGCUCGGACACCCGACUCGCUCCACGGACAGCUCCUGCGCGCGCGCAGCUAGAUUAUACACUGCACCUGUAUAGCUAUAUAUAGCUGUAGAGACUGUAGCACAAGGUACAUACACGUGGAAGCCGAUCGCAGUUGCACGCGAGGCGCGACGAAUGCCAGCAGCUCCAGUGCAUCGCCGAAGUAUACUUGGACCGUGGACGCGUCGCUGCCCAAAGCCGUGAGGAUGUCCGGCUCCCCUGUGUUGCCCGGUGGCCAGGACUCCGGCGAGAUCGUCGACGAGCCGAUGUUCAGCACCCUGGACAUGAUCCUGCUCGGCUUCCUCCUGCUCGUCGCCGCCUGGUGGCUGCUCAAGCGGAACAAGCAGGAGGAGUACACCUCCGCCACCAAGUCCUACACCAUACAGCCGACCUCGUACACGGCGCUCACGCCCUCGGAGAACUCGUUCAUCAAGAAGCUCCAGAGCUCCGGGCGCAGCCUGGUCGUCUUCUACGGCAGCCAGACCGGCACCGGCGAGGAGUUCGCCGGCCGACUCGCCAAGGAAGGCAUCCGCUACAAGCUCAAGGGCAUGGUCGCCGACCCCGAGGAGUGCGACAUGGAGGAGCUGGUCAACAUGAAGUCCAUACCCAACAGCCUGGCCGUCUUCUGCCUGGCGACCUACGGCGAGGGCGACCCCACCGACAACGCCAUGGAGUUCGUCGACUGGCUGAAGAACGGCGACGCCGACCUCAACGGCUUGAAUUACGCCGUGUUCGGACUUGGAAACAAGACCUACGAGCAUUACAACGAAGUCGCUCUCUACGUUGAUCACAGACUCGAGCAGCUGGGAGCCAAUCGCGUUGUGGAGUGCGGUCUUGGAGACGAUGAUGCAAACAUCGAAGAUGAUUUCAUCACGUGGAAGGACAAGUUUUGGCCAGCCGUUUGCGAGUACUUCAACAUCGAAGGCGCCGGCGAAGACGUUAGCAUUCGUCAGUACAAACUCACCGAGCACAAUGAUAUGCCAGCUGACAAGGUUUACAGCGGCGAGAUCGCCCGUCUCCACUCGUUCAAGAACCAAAGAGCACCGUACGAUGCCAAAAAUCCCUUCUUGGCACCCGUCAAAAUCAACCGCGAGCUCCAUGGUCCCACCUCCGAGCGCUCGUGCAUGCACAUCGAAUUCAACAUCGAAGGCUCCAAGAUGCGCUACGAAGCUGGAGACCAUUUGGCUGUCUAUCCCGUCAACAGCGCUGAACUGGUCAACAAACUUGGCGCCAAGUGUCAAGUUGAUCUCGACACUGUCAUCACUUUGACCAACACUGAUGAGGAGUCUACCAAGAAGCACCCGUUCCCUUGUCCUUGUACCUACCGAACUGCGCUGACGCAUUACUUGGACAUCACCAGCAACCCUCGUACGCACAUUCUCAAAGAACUUGCGGAGUACUGCAGCGAUCCCGCUGACAAGGAAAGGCUCAAACUGAUGUCUUCCACCACCGCCGAAGGCAAAGCUCUCUUCCAACAGUGGGUCAUCCAAGAAAACAGGAAUAUUGUGCACAUUUUGGAGGACGUUCCAAGCUUGAAGCCAGCUCUCGAUCACCUUUGCGAGUUGUUGCCAAGACUGCAAUGCCGCUACUACUCAAUUUCUUCCUCGCCCAAGUUGCACCCGAACGAAAUUCACAUCACUGCUGUGGUCGUGGAGUACAAGACUCCAACUGGUAGGAUCAAUCGAGGUGUAACGACUAGUUGGCUGAAGGAGAAGCAUCCUUCGGAUCCUCCUUGCCUUGUGCCGAUUUUUGUCCGCAAGUCCCAAUUCCGCUUGCCAUCGCGCACCACUACUCCGGUUGUCAUGAUCGGACCUGGAACUGGAAUAGCGCCGUUCAGAGCAUUUAUCCAAGAGCGCGAUGUCGCUAAAAAAGACGGCAAAGAAGUCGGUGACACGAUUCUUUACUUUGGUUGCCGAAAGCGCGACGAAGACUUCCUCUAUCACGAAGAACUGCAACAAUAUGUGGAUAGUGGAACUCUAACUCUGCACACCGCGUUUAGUAGGGAGCAGGCCAACAAGGUUUAUGUGACACAUUUGCUAGAGCAGAAUAAGGAAGAAUUGUGGAGAGUUAUCGGGGAAAAGAAUGGGCACAUCUAUGUUUGCGGUGAUGCGCGCAACAUGGCACGUGACGUACACAACAUCCUCUUGAAGGUGGUAAUGGAGAAGGGAAACAUGACCGAGCUUCAAGCUGCUGACUACAUAAAGAGGAUGGAUUCGCAGAAGCGUUACUCCAGUGACGUAUGGAGUUGAAUUGCAAAAUUUCAGGGAACUGAGAAAAGGCAGAAAGUGUUAGAAAUGUUAAAAUACAAGAAGGGACUGUACCAUUACAAUUUUCGCGAGUGCCUGAAAAAAGAUAUUACUCCUCGCAAUUUUCCUUUUUUAUAUAAAUAUAUUUACAAAUAUACAUCAUGUUUAUACUUAAGGAUUAAUAUAUCUAUAUGCAUAAACGUUUGAAUGUGCAUAUAUGAUUUUUAAAAACUAUAUGCACCGGUGCCUGGAAGAUCUUGUUGGCUAAAUACGUUGUGAUAAAGUCGCGUAUAUGUUGUUAGUUAAUUUGAUAUUUUAUUAACUUAGUCGCAAGCAAUUGAACAUUAUAAUCAAACGAUAAAUGCGUCUUCGUGCUCUUAAAAGUUAUUAUUUAAUUCAAAUAGAGCCAAUGAAGCAACUGUUUUAAGUUCGUUAAUACGAGUAGUAGUAAAAGUAAAAAAUGUGUUUCAACUUGACGUAGAUAUAUAUAUUUUUUCGUUUUGGGGGAGUUAUAUAGUUUUUAUAAAAUGUCAGAACAAUGAAACACAGAGUUUUAGUAAUGGUAAAUUUUUAGGCAAAUUAUAUUUAAUUACUAAUUUAUAUAUUAUAAUUAUGUUAGGUCAACAUCAAAUAUUAUAUAGAUGUACAAAUGUCAUUUGCUAUAUACCAUGUACAUUUUUACUUACAUAAUAUGAAUGGAUAGAUGACUUUUUUACGUGUGUAAAAAGUUGUUAUUAUAUUAUAUUAUAUAAAGAAAAGAAAACGAUCAUUGUGUGCCGUAAUUUCAUAUCAUUAUAUAAUAAUUAUAAUAAAAUUAAUAAAAAAUGUUUUUAAAAA